AUGACAUGGCUGCAGAGGAAAUUGGCUGUGGAGAUGUGCAUGAUUCUCUUUCAUUUAUUUCAGCUUGUUGGUGCUGCUCUGGUUGGCAUUGGAAUCUGGGCAUAUAUUGAGAAGACCCAUUUCAACCAUGCACAAAUUGAAAAUAUCUACGAUGCCAUUUUUGAUAUUUCACUCAUCUUUAUCAUCCUUGGAAUAAUUAUCUUUAUCUUAGGUCUUACCGGAUAUAUUGGUGCUUUGAGGGAAAAUAUCUGUCUUUUGUAUUGUUUCAAUAUUCUCCUAGGUGGAAUCUUUCUGUUCUUGUUUGGUGCUUCUGUGGCAGCAUUUCUCCUGAAAGACAAAUUCAUAGGGAAACUCACAAGCAUCUUCCAAGAGAAUGUUAUACCGAAAUACACUGAAGAUGAUGACACGAAAAGUUUAGUUAAUUGGAUUCAAGAACAGGUGAGCUAUUUACACACACACACACACACAUACAUAAAAUAUACAGAUAUACGUACUGUGCCGGCCUGUCAACAGGUAUCUUAG